GAUAGGAUAGCGCAAUGUACCGGUAUUUGAAAAAGAAUUUCGAGAAUAGUUUUUGAGCACGAUACUGAGAGCAACGUACUGACAGCAUGGUAUCUUGAUCGCUUUCGAGUCAUAAGUUGCUGAGAAGCUUGUGUAUACGAGCAUAGCCGCAUUCCAGACACCUUGUUCGGCCAAUGACUCAUUCAUGUUCACCAGAAGCACAAGAUCAAACGAUCUUACGGAUUGUAUGAUUUGAUCAUGCUCUUUAUAACAGCCUUGAGAUCAUUGCUGUCCUUUGAGUCUUGUAAGUAGGGAAGCAAAACGUUCAACACGGCAUAUGGUAGCUUUACUACACCCACGACAAAGCCUACAGACGCGACAAUGGCGAAACCGACAUCACAGAAAUUGGUGAAGCUUGAUGGGAGAACUGGUGAAGGUGGGGGGCAACUUGUUAGGAUCGCGGUUUCACUAGCUGCUCUGACCGGGACUCCUCUCAUAAUCACGAAUGUGAGAGGUAACAGAUUCGGUAAAAGGAAUGGCGGUCUGAAAUCACAGCACGUUUCUGCUAUUAAAUGGCUCGCGAAAAUUACAUCUGCCGAGACAAGCGGAUGUUUCGUUGGAAGCAAGACAAUUGAGUUUAAGCCUAGCUCUUCUCAUCAUUAUACGGUUGAUAGAGAUAUCAAUAUCGAUGCAAAUUCCGCGUCCAGCAUUCUACUUGUACUUCAGGCAAUUCUUCCCGUCCUUUUAUUUGCAAAUAAUGCCGCGGCCCUUCCAAUCAGGCUCUCGAUCAAAGGAGGGACUAAUGGGAGUUUCUCUCUAUCAUAUGAGUAUCUCGAUCAAGUGCUAUUACCAACCCUUGAAAGGUUCGGUAUUUAUGUAGAGCGACAACUCAAAGUUAGAGGAUGGUCACAUGGACCUCUGAAACUGGGCCAUGCAGAGUUUAAGAUACAUCCCACACCUUUAGGCCAGUCUCUGAAAGUCCCAAAUUGGCCAACUGAACGUGGAAGCGUGAAGGAAAUAGAUAUCUCGAUCCUAGUACUUGAGACACUUCAGGAACCGCUUGAAACUUCCUUGGCUACACAUAUUAAGCAACGCUUUCCUGAAGCAAAGAUCAAUAUUGUUCUAAGAGAGAAUACGCAUCGGAUAUACACACUUUUAGUAGCUCAUACCUCUACUGGACUAAGAUUUGGGCGCGAUUGGUUGUACGAUAGAAAGACAAAGGAUAGGACCCCAGAAGACAUAUCGGCCGACAUAGCAGAGAAGGUAGUUGAAGACCUUAAUGCGGAGUUUGAAAAGGGUGGUUUAGUAGAUGAGUAUCUUCAAGAUCAACUGGUUAUUUUUCAAGCACUUGCUGAUGGUCGAUCAACAAUCUUGGGACAUGAGCUCUCGCCUGAUCUAAAAAGUCGCCCGGAUCGUACGGACGAGCCUUUUGGGGAUGGGAGUAAACAUACCACUACUGCUAGAUGGGUUGCUAAUCAAAUGCUUCCGCAUUUGAAGUGGUAUGAUAACGGGCAAACAUGUGAGGGAGUUGGUUGGAAAAUCAAUGCUAGCAAUUCUACUGUGCCGCCUAAUGAUUCUUGAUGGGAUUUAUCAGUUUAUUAUAUAAAAAAAAACAGAAUUGCCAAAUGAUCUCA